CUUUCUGCUCUCUAAAUUAAUCUCUGCAUGUCAACAUGUCUCCCAGCUUAAGCAGACAACACUGUUCUUUUACAUGUGAUUUCAUCUCCUAGCUGCUACUCCUAUAUUGUUCUUGUCUUCCAUUUUUCCUUCUCCCUUGUCGCCAUCUACACACAUACAUAUUCCCCCCCUUCUCUCUCUCUCUCUCUCUAUAUAUAUAUAUAUAUAUAAACGCCCAUAGAAGUCUUUCUCUCAUCAGGAGCAGAUCAUGUCUACUUCUUCCUCGUCUUUCCCAUCAUCAGCAUCAUCACCACCAUCAUCAUCAUCAUCAUCUCCUUCCUCUGUUUGGUUAGUUGCUUACAUGAAGCUAAAGUUCUUCACUCGAAUCCGUAGAUUCCUGCGAUCCAAAGCUCCCCACAAGCGUAACAGGGCAGCGUCCGAUCAUCACGCCGCAGAGAAACCAAGAAUAAUAGAUGCUGUUGUUGAUGACGAUGAGGAAGAAAAGAAGGAUACGGAUAAAUCCAUGGUGUUGCAGAAAUCGGUGAAGAGGCUUCACUUUGGUACUUGGGAAGAGAAGGAAAUGGCUGCCGAACAGAUACAGAGGCUCGCCAGAGAUGACGUCAGCGCCAAGAAGUUGAUCGCGGAGCUCGGUGUGAUACCGGUUCUUGUUUCCAUGGUCGCCGCCGACGAGUCUGGUCGCCGUCGAGCGGCCAUUAAGGCCUUGUUGGAGCUCGCUAAUGGAACUUACACGAACAAAGCUCUAAUAGUGGAUGCAGGACUUUAUACAAAACUACCAAAAAAUAUAGAGGAGAUUGAUGAAUCAACAAGACAAGAGUUUGCAGAACUUAUAUCUUCAUUAUGUUCUCUGGCAAAUACCCAAUCUUGUCCUUCGUCAUAUGAAAUUAUAUCAUUUCUUAUUUCCAUUCUUGAGUCGAAGAAAUCAAGCAUAGAAACGAAAGAAGUCAGUUUAGGUGCACUAUAUAAGCUAUCAAUAGUAUUAGAGAAUGCAGGAGCUUUGAUCUCAAAUGGGGUAGUUCAGACUUUAUUGAUGCUUUCAUUAGAAAAACAACUAUCAGAAAAAGCCCUAGCAAUAUUAGGGCACUUAGUGGUGACCCUAAUGGGGAAAAAAGCAAUGGAAGAAAACCAGAUGGUGCCAGAAAGGUUGAUAGAGAUUUUUACAUGGGAAGAAAAAUCUAAGUGUCAAGAACUUUCGGUCUACAUUUUGAUGAUAUUAGCUCAUCAAAGCUCAACUCAGAGAGCUAAAAUGGCAAGGGCAGGGAUAGUGCCAGUGCUUGUUAAAGUGUCCUUAUUAGGGUCACCUCUAGCUCAGAAAAGGGCGACAAAGUUAUUACAGUGGUUCAAGGAUGAAAGGCAAGCCAAGAUGGGUCCUCAUUCUGGUCCGCAAACAGGAAGAAUUUCAAUAGGUUCACCAUGUAAUCCUAGGGAAGCUGAAGAAGGUAAGAAAAUGAUGAAGAAUUUGGUGAAGCAAAGUCUUUAUAAGAAUUUAGAGAUGAUUACUCAAAGAGCUGCCUCUCCUUCCUCUUCAAAUCUUAAAUCUUUUGCUAUUAGCACAAGCUCUAAGAGCUUGCCUUAUUGAAAUCUUUCCUCCUUUAACACCAUAUUGUGUUUUGGGAUUUAUUUUUAUUUACUCUCAUACAUAUACAACUCAACUCUUUAUAAGACCACGUUGUAAUUCUUAUAUUGACAAAGAAGAUUGUAUAUCACAACAAA